AUGAAGUCAUACUCUAGAGCGCUGGCUGCUCUUGCUCUUCUUCUUUCACUACUUCUAUCCGCCUGGUUAAACAAAGCUCAAGCAGAGGGUCGUUCUUUGGCACCACCAUCUACCACUUCAGUGUCAAGCAAGGCUUCAACUUCACAGGCUUUCAGAGAUUUGCAAGCAAAUAAGAACCCAUUUAAGAAAAUUGGUUCAAGCUUCAGAAGAAUACCUCCAAGCAAUUCAAAUCCCAGACAGAACAAGUGCAAGCCUCAACUAGGCGACUGAAAGAAUCACAAAACAGAAGAUUCAAAGCGACAGCAUUGAGUGUAGCUGCUCUUUUUUUUUUUUUUCUGUUUGCGUGUGUUCCAUUCAUUCUUUAACACCCUUUUUAUGUAGACUAGAGUUUAUGUCAAUAGCCACCAAAUGUACUUGCAGUUCGUAUCGCUUUUACAAUUUUUUGCUACCAUAGGCACAGACAAUUAAGUUUUACAGUAAUAUGUAAACCCGUCAAUUUCUUAUAUGUAGUAAAGUAAAUGAUAAUCUCAUCUGUUAUUUGAAAAGGUCUAUGAUUCACAC